CAAGUUGUACGGGGACCAAGCCCGCUUUUUCGAUGCAGAGAAAGCCCCGCGUAUUAAACACAGGAAAAAGGGCACAGUGUCUAUGGUCAACAAUGGCAGUGACCAGCAUGGAUCACAGUUCCUUAUUACAACCGCUGAGAACAUGGACUAUCUGGACGGCGUGCAUACUGUUUUUGGUGAGGUUUCAGAGGGCUUUGACAUCUUGGCUAAAAUCAAUGAGACUUUUGUCGAUGCAGACUUCGUACCAUUUCAGGACAUCAGGAUAAACCACACUGUGAUACUCGAUGACCCCUUUGACGACCCCCCCGAUCUACCAGUGCCUGAUCGAUCCCCUGAUCCAACUCAACAGCAGCUAGAUAGUGGUCGCAUAGGAGCAGAAGAAGUCAUAGACGAUGCCGACGGGAAAGCAGCUGAAGAAGUGGAGGAGAGGCUCAACGCAAAAGAAGCUAAAACCCGAGCCAUCCUACUGGAGAUGGUGGGCGACCUCCCCGAUGCAGACGUCAAGCCCCCAGAGAAUGUGCUGUUUGUCUGCAAACUCAACCCGGUCACCACCGACGAGGACCUGGAAAUAAUCUUCUCCCGCUUUGGACACAUUAAAAGUUGUGAGAUUAUUCGAGACUGGAAGAGUGGAGACUCCCUCUGCUACGCCUUCAUUGAAUUUGAAAAGCAAGAAGACUGCGAAAAGGCCUAUUUCAAAAUGGACAACGUGCUCAUCGAUGACCGACGCAUUCACGUGGACUUCAGCCAGUCCGUGGCAAAGAUCAAAUGGAAAGGAAAAGGUGGGAAAUACACCAAGGAUGACUUCAAGGCCUAUGAGAAUGACUUGGAGAAGCGAUCCAAACUGGCUCUGAAAGAUCAAGUCAAACCCAAACAAGAUUCCAGAUAUGAUCUGCUGGUGGAGGACGAGGAGGAGACGGGCCAUCCACACGCCCAGAAAAAACACAAAGAGAAGAGGCAUCAUUAUUCAGAUGAUGAGGAAGAGAGCAGGAAGUCUAAAAAACACAAGGACAGCCGGCGAGACACAAAGACCUCUCGCCAGCGUUCCCGUUCCCGUUCCCGCUCCAGAGACCGGGACCACAAGCACAAGUCUGGGGACAAAUAUGGGCGGGAAGGCCGAGAGCGAAGUCACAGGAGUCGCAGUCGCUCGCCCAGGAAGAGUAAGGACAAAGACAGAAGCAGGUACAGGUGAAGGACAGUGUCAUAGCAGCCAUGACACUGUCAGAGGGCAGUGAUGCUCCUCCAGGAGGUUUUGAGGGGCUUGAGUUGAGGUUUCUAUGCAAGUUAAAUUCCUGUAAAUGAGGCCUAUCCACCUGGCCAGCACACACCUUCUAACAAGGCAUGAAGUCAUCAUGUUUGACUUCAUUACGUAAUAACGCCACAUUUUGCAAUAACAUUCUGAACACCUGAAUUUUAUUCCAAUCAUGUGAGGAAAUGUUUGACAAGUUAUUGCCCAUCUCACGUUGCAAGUGUGGGAAAGUCCAUGGUCCUCUUCUCACAACUUCAUGAUGGCCACACUUGCCAUUCUUUCCUGUGCCCAAGCAGCCGAGCAUAAGAAGAGUUGACUUGUCACACAUCUACUUUAUUCAAUCUUUUACCCCGAGCGUGUACGGACUACUUCAAUGUGCAGAUUUAUGUUUGGAAAUUCCAUCAAAUUGACAGUUUCAAUGAAGCAUCCAAAUGUUGUACACAUACUAAAUACACCAAUAGAUAUCUCUGUC